CCCAAUUUCUAAAAAAAUAUGUCCCGUAAAACAUUUAAUAAAAAAAUGUUGGCCUAAAUAGUGUUCCUAUUGAACAUCAUAUCAAUUGAUAUAUGGAAUUAUUGAAGCUCAUCAUUAUUCAAAUAAGAUAAAAAAACAACUCUUUAUCUUAGGUCUACACAAGCAUUUUAUAACUGCAUUUAUCAUUUUCUUUUUCAAGAUAUCAUUUCAAAGAGCUCCAAUUUACAAUCUGAAAUUAGUUCACCAGGGGUUUUAUAGAGAUAUAGCUGCAGUUAAAUAUAUUUUUGUGUGCCUAUAAAUCAAUUAUUGUUUAUCAUCAGGAAUCAAAUUACAGGAGCAAUGACAACUUUAUGGGUAGCAAUUUUUCUGCUGAUGUUUACACAUAAACCAACACCAGGGGGAGCUUUUGCUAACAGUCACUGUAAUGAUGACUAUGGUAAAAUAUGGAAAGCAUCAUGGUCGACAGAUCCAAGAAAAGAUAUCCGUUGUUAUUCAUCCUGUAAUAGCCAAGAUCUUCAAACAUUGCCUGAUGAGGAAAGACGGACAAAUUAUGACAAAUGCUGCACUUGCAAUUCAUGUGCAGUCUGGGAAGGUCAUGAAAUUGAGCUAUUUAUAGAAUUUGUAUCAGUGUUUGGCAGAAGCUUAGUGGUUGCAAUUCAAGCUCCUAGUGAAAAUGAUGUUUAUAAAAUUGAGCAAGAGAAUUCUAUAAUGACAGAAAUUCCAAGUAAUCUUUGCAACUGGGACAAAGAAUCAGGUUUAAAAGCAAGAUACCCUAAUGAUUUUAGUAUCAUGCAAGCUUAUAUGGAAAGGAUAGUGAAAAUGAAUUUUAGAGAUAAUAAAAUUUCCAAACUUCCUGACAUAAGAUGCGUAGUUAAACUUGACGAACUCAAUCUUAAAAACAACAAAUUGACAUUCAUUUCAAAUUCAUCUUUUACAAAUAUGGACCACCUAAGGACUGUUGAUUUAUCAGGAAACCUCAUACAAAAUAUGGAUCCAAAUAUUUUCACAUCAAAGAAUUUGAGAAGUUUAUUCCAGGUGGACUUGCAUAACAAUCAGCUCCAUAACUUAGACAUUUCAAACAUGAUCAGCUUGUACCCAUUUUGCCACAUAGACUAUUCUAAAAACCAAAUUACUGAACUAGUGAAUACAGCAAAUUUUUCGUUCAAUUUAUCAUUUACAUAUGGACCAGGUUUUGUGUCUUUAAAAGAAAACCAAAUAUCUAAAUUUCCAGACUUUGUUCAACUUUUAAAACUUGAUGACAUCACACAACUUGGACACUUGUUUAGUUUUGGGUUUGAUUUAAUGGAUAUUCCUUUAAAAUGUGACUGCUACAUUGAAGAAUUCAUGGAACGUGCAUAUGAGAUCGUCAAUACGGUAUGGAGGGACUAUAUGAAUAUAACUUGCAAAGAACCCAAGAAAUUAGCAGGCCAGCCUGUUGUUACUAUAGCACCUGAAAAACUAAUCUGUGAUACAGAUAUUGGCUGUGAUCCACGUUGUACUUGCAUAGAUCAACCAUUCAAAAACACAACUUUUAUUAACUGUUCAAACUCUGGACUAAAAAGACUUCCAGAUAUACCACUGUCUAGAUAUUCAUACUUCCUCUCAUUAAAUGUCUCUAACAAUGAUAUCUCAGUAAUUGAAAAUGUGCCAUACCUUCACAAAAUAUCUAUGCUGGAUAUUUCUGGAAACGAUCUUAAAGAAAUAAACAACACUAUUGCAAAUCGUCUUGAAAACGCCACAUAUAUUGAUAUAUCAAAUAAUCCAAAACUAAGGCAACUUCCACAAAUGUUCCAGUACCAUAAUGUGUGCUCUCGUCACAUGAAAAACCUUCAAAUAAGCUGUGACUGCCAGUCAAAAUGGAUUGAAAAAUGGGUUCAUUCGAGGUCAUGUAAUGAAUUCCAAAAUAACUUGUUUCAAUGUGAAAUUCCUAAUAUAGGUAUAAGUAGAGCUCUUGACUUCAAUCCUGAAGAUUUAGAAUGUUCGCCUGAAGGUUUCUUGUUUUUUCUUGAGACAAUAAUUGCCGGGGUUAUUCUGACCCUUGUCUUAAUAGGAAUUCUUGUGUAUACCUUCCGUUAUGAAUUACUUAUUCUUUGCCUUCGUUUGAGACAGAAAAGUAGAAACACUGUUGUUCCUCUCAAUGAAUAUGACGUUUUCCUUUCCUUUAAUGAUGCAAAUGACGAUGUUGACAGAUGGGUAAAUAGUAUACUUGAACCAGAACUUACAAAUGCUGGUUACUCAGUCUUUAGGCCAAACAGAGAUGUUGCAUUUGGGGCUGAAAGAGACUCAGAAAUAAUUGACAUUCUCUCUAAAACACGCAACUUCCUCACAAUAAUGUCUGAAAGUUAUAUCCAAGAGAGUGAAGACGGAAUGAGAUCAUGGACCGAGAACGAAUGGAAAUAUGGUUGGAACAAUUUCAAAAGUGACAGAUCCAAGAACAUAGUACUUGUUAACUUUGACUAUUUGUCAUCAUUUGAUGUCAACAAACCACAGAUAAAAGCCUUUCUACGAGUUGGCUGCACUGUUGACUUUAAAAACCAUGACAGAAAAAUCAUGCAGGAAAUCUUUGAAAAACUUGGACCAUCACUAAGAAAGUCAUUCCCUAGUAAAGCAAUGGAGAACAACUUGCCUCGAUUCUCCCAUUUUGACAUUUUCAUGAUACCAAACAAGACGCCCUACAACACAAAUGACUGGAAUCAAAAAACAUACGGCGAUGUAGAGUUAAUCAACCCCAUUUUUACAAAUUUUGAGAAAAACAACAAUGAAGACAAUUCUAAUUCUAUUGAUGUGUCUAAGCAUGUAAAGUAUCACCAUAAUAAUAAGUAUACCAAAACUCAAGUAAAAAAAUGUGAAUAUAGAAAAUGUUAUGCUUGUCGCUAUGGCAACAAUGACACACAAAACAUUCCAAAUUUACCAAAAAUCAGGAGAGAGGUGACAAUGAAAAGUGCUAGCAGCAGGUCUAUGAAAGAAACUUAAAGUAAUGAAAUUCCUUGUGCUAAAGAUGAAAUUAACUCGACAAAGUCUACACAAAUUGACACUUGUAACUUUAAAUUGUAGAAAAAAAAUCUGCCAAAAGAGCAGUAUGUACACUCUAUAUUUCUCACUUUAAAAUAUAGAACAAGAUCUGUGAAAGGAUCAGUGCACUCUACUUUUUUCUCACUUUAAAUUAUCGAACAAGAUCUGUCAAAGGAACAUUGCACUCUCCUUUUUCUCACUUUAAAUCGUAGAACAAGAUCUGUGAAAGGAUCAGUGCACUCUCCUUUUUCUCACUUUAAUUUAUAGAACAAGAUCUGUCAAAUAAACAGUGCACUCUACUUUUUCUCACUUUAAAUUAUAGAACAAGAUCUGUCAAAGGAACAGUGCAAUCUAUAUUUCUCACUUUAAAUUAUAGAACAAGAUCUGUCAAAGGAACAGUGCACUCUAUAUUUCUCACUUUAAAUUAAAGAACAAGAUCUGUGAAAGGAACAGUGCACUCUACUUUUUCUAACUUUAAAUUAUAGAACAAGAUCUGUCAAAGGAGCAGCGCACUCUACUUUUUCUCAGUGAUGGAAAGUAUCAUAUCAUAAAGCAAAAAAGACAAGAGGCAUUGUUCUGUAAAGCUGAUUAGCAUUAUAAUUAUCUGCCCUUAACAGAAAACUGUGGCUGUCUUUUGUAGUUGUUGCUGCUGUUUUUUCACAUUUUGUUGACAAACCAUAACUUAUCAUUUUAGCCUGAUAUGAUCAAUGUUAGUUUCAUAAAGCAAUGCAAAUAAAAUU